GGGGCCGCCGGGGCGGGCGGAGCCCCGGGGGGCGGCGGCGCUGGGAUAACCCCGGCGGCUGCGGCCGGCGGAGCUCGCCGCGGGACGCUCGUGCUUCCAAUGCUGUAUUCUCGGCUCCCUACGGCUGCGAGCGCAAGGCAGGCGGGCUGCAUGGGCAUCCUCAUCCCGGACGUACAGACCUGCAGUCUUCCAGUGUCGGACCUCUGCGUUUUGUGCUCCAAAUCAGGGGGUUUUGAGAUGGUGCAAAUUGUGUUGCUAGCUGCUGGUUGCUGAGAACAGGAUGAUGUUUGACCUAAGUGGAAGCCAACAGAUGAAGUUUUGCAUGUUCAGAGGCCAUUGAUAGCCAAGCUGCAAAUUCAUUUCCAUAUGAAUUUAAUGCAGUGUAAUGGCAGAAAUGUGUACAGCUACAUUGUCCCCAGGACUUGGGUCACCCCUGUGAAAGAGGCUCCUUGAGGUUUGUGUUCCCCAGCAUUUACCUGUCUCCACACCCAGUGAGUGCCUCCUUAGCUGUGACAGGCUUCUUCACAUCCUAAUUAUAACCGAGCCUCUCAUUAGUCCCACGGGGAGACGGAAUCAAACGCCAUAUGGCAUUUCACACUUUGGAUGCUGUGCGUACCAAUGGCUGGAAGGAGACAGGAAAAGGGGGAGUUAACAAUUCAUAUCCAUUUAUGGAGCAGGCACAGCCCUCCUUGGAGCCGGUUCAGCAGAGCCCGAGUGCCUCACACCAGGAACUUUAUCUGGCCAGGGGUUGCCGGGGCGCGAGUGGGGAGCGCUGCACGGGAUCCCCCUGGCAUCCCCACGCUGGGGUGAAUCAAUGCACACACGCCUCCCUGGGAGCACCAUGGCUGGCUUCUACGGCUGCCUGAAAAGUAAAAAUGACUGCAUAAUGGCUACGAGGCCCACAGAGGUCACACAGUCACCUGAAACUGGAGACACAGUCGAAGAGUGCACAGGAAAGAAAAAAUCCAAAUUUCAGACUUUCAAGAACUUCUUUGCCAAGAAGAAAAGGAAAGAACCUCCACCUCCCAGGGGAGAGAGUAAUUUAAAACCUUGCCAGUCCAGCAGCGAUGUCAGCAUCGCUGUGCUCAACACUGCUGCACUUCAUUCACCGAGGGAGGCUGGGCCCAAGGGCAGCAUGGGAAACAAAGCCUUGUCCCAUGACAGUGUCUUCAUUUUUGAGUCUGCACCAGGAAAUGUGACAGGUGACGGCUUGUCUCAGGAAAACAUACCUGGAAGGGUGAAAACUUUACAGCUUCAGCUGCAGCAGAAUGUCAAACUUGGAUCACCUCCUCUUGUUAUAACUGGGAAAAAACUGGAAGAUGCAGGUGCUGUUUCUGAAGAUGAUGGCUUACCUAGAAGCCCUCCUGAAAUUUCAACCCUUCAUGAAGUUCUGACAGAUUCACCAAACAAGUCCUCCAACCCUGUUCAGCGUCAUAGCUCUUUGAGUUUAGGCGGAACAGACAGUGAAGAUGAACAGAUACCUUCUGGAGCUUCCUCCAGGCCCAUCAGUCCUUUAUCCUCUGCCACUCAGGGGACCCCCAUCUCACGAGGCAGCAGCUUCCUUCCUGUCGAUUUUACCACCCCUGCCAGUCCCCUUGGCUGCCUGGACACCUCAGCAGCCAGGCACAGGAUUGCCAUCAACCCUCGGAAACAGAGAGGCUUUACCAACAAGCAUCAGCUGCUCCUCCAGGUGGAACAGCUGGAAAAUGAAACUUGUCUUCCUGCAACUCCAGAAAGGAAGGGAAAUUCAAUAGAUUUACUUGAGAGUGACAAACAUAAAAGCGAUUGGGAAGGUAAAGAAGACACAGGAUUAUCAGCCCAGGUGGGACACUGUGCAAAGGGAGGUGAUUUUAAGGAGACACCAGCUGUAAAAACUCCCACUGAUGCUGCCUCUGAACCCUGUGAUUCCACACCUGUGGCAGAAGACCCCUGUGCUUUGCUGCAAGGGGAUGGGUGCCUGCCUGCUGUGGGCCGUCACAAAGGAGCCACACUUCUCCUGAGGCCUGAGCCUUCCCCAGUGAGCCUGCAAGAACACCACAGUGCAAGAGUGCUGUACCCUGCAGAGGGGUCUGCUGAGGAAUCAAAAACACAUCCUCAAAGGACCAGUGCUGAAGUACCUGCACUUCCAGAGCUGCAGCAACUUGAAGGAGAAGCUGCUGGGUCUCCAGACGUACCAGCAGCUGACUUGUUUAGCAGUGGUGUGGAAACAGUGGGCAUGGAUGUAUUUCCAGAUGUUGCACCAAGUUCCUCAGUAAAUUCUGUGGAUCCAAACAUUAAAGCCCAGGAAAAGGGGGAUCCACUGUUUAGUGGAAAGGAAGAACUCUGCUUUGGUGCUACUGGGAAUCACUCCAGCCAUGCUGUCUCAGAUACUGCACUGAGCACUCCACGAGCUGCAGCAGCUGUCUCAGAGUCUUGUUCUGACAUCAAGACAGUGGCUGAUUUGAGGUCUGAAAAGAGUUCAGUAGCAAAAAAUGACAAAGAAACUUGUGAAAUUAUGGAAUUUCAGUUAUCCAAGGAUGGUGUAGAAAAAAAAAUAGACACUGCUGCAUCUGUCUCAGAAGCAGUUUGUGUGGUACCUUGCAGUCAAUUGGAAGUAUGUUUUAAAGCAGAAAUUGUUCCUGUUUCAAAGGGUAACCAAGGCAGUCAAAAGGCCAACACAUCAUGCAUUUCUGAAAAACUUUCCAUUGGGUAUCUUGCCUCUUCAAGUCUGGCUGGCUUGAAGAGUAAUAUAUCUUCUGAUGCUGACAGUAAGGAGCACCAGGUAAGCACUACAGCUUCUCACAGAAAAACAGCAGAAGGCAGUCAAUCAUCAGAUGAAAAUGUAAAAAGUCCACUGAAGACUGCUUCUGCUAAACCAGUCAGAUUUACCAUUGCACCAGCAUGGCAAAGAUCUCUCUCAGGGGGUUCAAAUUCAAAGGAAGAUUCCUACUCCAGAAGUUCUCCAACAUCCCCCAUAAGACCAGAGUUCUUUGAAGGAAUGACAAAAGAACCCGCACGAUUUGAUGCAAUUAUGCAGGAAUCAGCAAAAACCAAUGCAGAUAGAUUUGAUCGAGAUUGUAAGGACAGAGAUCUGCACUUGAAUUCUUUUAUGGAGUGGGCUGACCAUGAAACACAAAACUUUGAGAGCCCAUUUGGGGUCCGACUAAGAAGAACAUCAUCUUUACUAAAAUACCAGACUGAAAGCCAUGUAGAGCCUCCAAAGCUGAUCCCCUCAGCUGCUCCAGUUGCUUCUUCUGCUUCAGUCAAGGAGGAUCAGAAACUGAUGGGCACUGGGAAGCCAUCUCCAAGCCUUCCUGUCAACACAAAAUCAGUUGUUAAAAAACCAGAUCUCCUAGAAGACAAAAAUCCUACCAAGGCAAGAUCAGAAGAAGUGGCAAAGAAGCAAAAUGGCUAUAAACCUUCAGAAAAAGUCUCUCCAUAUUUGGAAACUGCUUCCUCUGAACCAGCUUGGGUCUCCAUGGCAAAGCUGAAACAAAAGGGUUUCCAGGACCAUCCUCUUGCCAAAGAACAUAAAGAUGAAGACAAAGCUUUCACCAAAGUGGAUCAGGGGGAGGUAGAGUGCCAGCAGCCAGGGAUGUGUGCUAGUGAGGACACGCUGAAGAAGAACAUGCCUUCCAGCUCUCAGGACAGGAAAACACAAAUGAAGACUGGUGUGUCUGCAGCAGCAGGUAAAGUUGGACCAAUUUCUCAGGAAGCAUCCGUGGUUCCUGCUGUUGAAAAGGAAGCAAGGCACUCCUCUAACCUGCCAAUGACACCCUGCAGUCCUGCUGAACCACCCUGGCUGUCCCUGGCCAAGAAGAAAGCCAAAGCAUGGAGUGAAAUGCCCCAGAUCGUACAAUAGCAAAUGACAUGACCAUCCUUCUUUGCAUUGCCAAUAGCUGUGUUAACUCCACUUAAUCCCUUCUUUACUGUGACCAUUUUUUUUCUUUCCAGAAAUAAGAGCCUUAAAACUUUUGAUCAGACUGUUGUAUAUAAAGACAUAAUGAAGAAAUGCCAUUGUGGGCUUAAUCUGAUGUAUGAGGAAGCUGAGCAUUCCCUACUACCAGACACUAGGAAAAUUUUGUUCAUUUUUAUAUGCUUACACAUCUGAUGGUGAUGUUCUGAAAAGACAUGCUUCAGGCUUUUGAAACAUUUCUCUAGCAAAAUAUGUUUUUAAAGUCUCUUUUAAAGAAACUUGUUCUUUUAAAAAGACUGUACAGUGUUUUGUAGGGUUUGGCUUUGAGCUAAGAAAUUAACGUAUGCUUUAAAAUAUUCACAAUGCUGGGCACUGACGCACCGUGAGUCAUGGACACUGAUGUCAUCACACUUCUUUCUCUAGAGCUCUAGGCUGGGCAGCCUGACUCUGCUUCAGAUUGUUAAUGAUCUGUUUUGUGAUAGCUGCAAGAUCUUAACACACCUGAGUUGGAGGGUUCUGGCUUUUGUGUGAUUUGAGGCCUCAGUGCUGUUGGACUUGUGCUUGCUCACAGAUCCCCACUGGAAUGGCCCAGAGCUGCACACCAUUCUCUCCCAUGCACUGGACAACCACCACACUGUAGCAUGUGUCUGCUUUUAGUUAUACCUGUAAAAAUCUGGGUAAAUUAAACAUUCUACAUAGUUUCUUUAACUAUGGCAAUAGUGAUUUUUUAAAAAGAUUCCUCAGCUGAUUGUCUCUCUUAAAGAGUGUGUUGGGGGGAGAACUUGCUCCUUGGAAAGUGGCAUCUUCUUUUCAAGAAAUGCCACCCUCCAUGUUCAUAAGGAUGUAUAUUUACUCAGUUGUAUGUAUGUUAGUCAUAAAAGGGGCAUCUGGUUUCCUUCUUGUCUCAUCAGUCUUUAACCAUUAACUCAACAUCAGUCUGAGAAUGUGCAGCUGGAGCAGGGCCUGGCCUUGCAGUCACUCAAACUCACAAAAGUUUUGCUGUUGACUUUGGAGGCUGCAGACAUUUGAAAAAUAAGCUUUGUGAAAUGAUGUUGGUAGGUUAAGAGACAGUGGCACUUACUGGUGCUUCCAGUUCUUGCAGAAUUGCACGUCUAUGUAGUUUUUGUUUACAGCCAGUGCAAAAUUUGAAGUCUGAUUGACUGGUUUUAGCUGGAAAGUUGGUCAGAAUUUUUAAAGGAAAAUAUUAUCUAUUGAUAGGAUUAACUGCAAACCAAAGAAAAUUGGUUUCAGAUCAGCUCAAGCAAGACUUUAAUCUUCCAGUUUUGGCCUGAAUUUAAUAUGUAGUUUUUGCAAUUUGAAAACAGUAUUAACUAGGAGCUAGACUGUGAAUUUUUUUUUUUAAAAGGUGAAAACUUACUUGCCCAGGAAGGCUCAGAAUCUAUAGAUACUAUUUAUUCUGGACUAACACCAGAAAGGAAUUUCACUUGAUAAGGAAACAAGGAGUGGCUUGGUAAUUGAUGCCUAUUUUGUAACUUCUUUUUCUCAGCUUUAGGAAGCAUAUAUUUCCUUACAAAGAACUGAAACUUUUGAGUGUAAUGUAAAAGAAUUUACUCAGCUUUGAUUCCUGGAGUUUUGUACAGCUGUCAUCCCACCACAAGCUUACUGACCCUGUAUAAAAUACAGGCCUUUCUUUUUUUAGCAAACUCUCUUCUCAUUCUGUUAAUGUGGAUUGUGAUUCUUCACCCAAAGCACUGCAAUGGAUCUAUAAUCUCUCUUUCCCUGUGUUUACUUUUGAUCUUAAUAUUAUUCCUGUCUUUUAUGUUUAGUGUAUAUAUGUUUUUGUAAUCCUUGUCUUGAAGGAACCCCUUUUGUAUUCCAUUCCCCUGUUUGGUUUACUAUUAAAUGCUGUUGCCAGUGAUGAUGAUAUCAUUUCUGGGAAGAGGGAUGGAUGGCCCUCAUUCAUUUAGGAAGAAAUAAAAAGAGGUCUUUGGUCAAUAUUGACUCUGGAUAAACUGCAUAGAUUUUGUUUUGGGGUCAUUUUGUGUGACUUAAGACUGAUCAACACAGCUGGUCAGACUAAGGAACUUUUCUAAAUCUAAGUUUAAGACAUCAUGAGAGUGCUGAUGGCUCUCCUGUUGCUCUGGAGUUAUUGCUCCUUCAGUGAAGGGUUGGUUUGAGGGCAGGCACUCAUGGUCCUAGGAAGCCUUGAAAAUAGCUGUUUGUGUGUAUGCAAAGAAGCUGCUCUAGGAGAUUUUUGGAGUGCUUUAACAAAGAAGGAAAAUGCCUGAGAAUCAUGCGUUGUAUAUUUGAAAUUCACUUGCAUUCUGAAUUUCUGCAGUUAAUGUUUUCAAGUAUCUCUGCAACUAAGAGAAAAAAAAGCAUGAGAAACUAAGAGAAAAAGAAAAAUCAUCAAGACUGAGUCUCAUGUAAUCAAGGAGGUUAGAAGAUUAUUAGGGAUUAUUAGAUAAAUGUUGAAAGAUCAGUGAUUUAUUGUUGCAUUUACAGAAGUUGGUAACUCUAUUAGCAUGGUUUUGAAUUCUUGUUCCAGUGUAGUUUUUAGGUGUUCAGUGAGUAAAAAUAACUAAUAUAAUAAACUCAUUUUGGGUGAUUUUUUCCUAGACACAGUCACUGUUUAAAAAAAAUAAGCUGUAUUGAAGUGCAGAGUUCGUUGCAGAAUGCACUGUGAGGUUUUGUGGAAUCUGUAGUGGAGGAUGCAGGAAGCUGUCUCUGAAUUCCCUGUGCCUCUGACUUGGCUCUGUGUGACAGCAGAGGGUGCUGGUGCCAUCCCUGAGCAGCGCAGGGGGAGGAUUUUGGUGAAUGUUUGCACUGUUCCAGGGAGAGGAAAGCACUAAACACCAGCCUUCUCAUGUAGAACUUCUGAUAGAGAGGGGCCCCAAAUGUAUUAUGUUAUGUCUUCUUAAGGGCUGUUGUCUAAAAUAAAAGAUAUAAUUUGUUUUGAAGUAUUACAGUAGAAACUCUCAGCUCAGAAAAGCUGCAGCUCCUGAGUGUGUGCCACCUGCUCUCCUAAGUGCUUUUCAGAUCAAUACAGGAAGGAAAUUAGCCUGUGAGGGUACUCUGUCCUUUAGAACUGUUCCUGGAAGAGGAUAGAUCUGAAGGAUGCAGGUAAUGAAAGAUGUGAUUAGCAGCCCAAUAAAAAAGGCAAACCUUUCUCUUUGUCUUUUCCUCCAGUGUUUGAUAACCAACCUACAAUUUUCUUAGAGAUUUAUCCUGGUUAUAAGAUUUGACAAAUUUGUCACAUCAGUCAUCACCAAAAUAUUAGUAAAGAUGACGUGGAACCUCUUGGGGAAUCUGACCUUGAUUUGCUUGCUAUACUAUAGAAUUCUGUCUCCUAUAUGUUGUCAGAAAAUAUUGCACCCAAUUUGUUGCAGGCUACAACCUGGGAUAGUUCUUGGUGCAGAGGUUCACUGAAACCUCUGAUUGCCAUUGAAAACAGCUUUCUAUGUCUUUUAUGGAAAUAGGCAGAUGAAAUAAACUGUAAUUCUGGUUUUGGAACACAAACCCAUUAAUCUGCCCAGAACAAAAAUGUUACUUGGGUAUUUCCAGCUGGGUAGUUGAAGGGGCAUGGCUUGAUGAGGAGUGAAAGUUCAGCAGGAGAAAUGAAAGGCUUAGAGUGGGAAGCUGCAAUUCAAAUUACCCUUCCAUAGUGGGAUUGAUCUAAGCCCAAGGAAGGGCACUGAAAGCAAUCUCUAAAUAGUGAUUUUUCCUGCAUUUCUCUCUGCAUGUAAGGGAUACCAGUGCUCAUUGCUUUGAGCCACAUUAAGGAGGUGAGCACCAUGACUGUGGUGCAAAUCAAAACCUGGUGUAGCUGCUGAUCAAGUCCACAGCAGAGCAGCACUUUAAAAGGAAUUGCUGUAUGAUCUGUGCAUUAAAAAUGCAACUUCUCAGGAGUGAACUAAGCCAAACGUUAGCAGCUUCCUCUGACUUGAGGGGCAGAUUAUUGACUAUGGAAAAUGUGAGAUGCUAUUUUUAUUCUCAUUGUGCUAGGAGUGAUUUAAAAAGAAGCUAUUUUAAUAGCUGUUUAUUUUUUAGAGGCAGUUCAAAGAAGAAGAAUCUAGAGGCAGAUUAUCUAAACAGGAUUAUUAACUGUCAAGUCUUGGACUGAUCUGUAAGCCAAGUUAGCCACUAAACAAGAAGCAGGUAAGGAAAUGGGUGAAGCACAGAAUAUUUAAUUUAUAUAAUUUUGUUUUAUGUAGAAAUAGACAGAGGAAGAGAUUGAUUGACAUAAAUAACCUACAUGGAAAAGGUUGUUUGGUAGCUGGAAGCCUCAUUCCAGCCUUUCUUCUCUCUGCCUCAGAAUAUACUUCCCUCUCUAAGCAUUCUUACUUUUCAUUUGGGGGAUAAAACCCAAUUUUUACUUAACCUGUUUUGUAGUCAGUCCAAUUGUUACUUAACCUGUUUUGUAGUCAGUCCUAUUUUAUGGAAUUUGGAUGAAAAGCUGACAAAUGCAAGAUCACUUGUCAAUGCUGGCAAUCCUUGUUCAAAGUUCAUCCUAAUCUAUGUGGUUAAACUAAUACUUCAUUGCAUUUUCUCUAUGAUACCAUUCUGACUCCAAAUUAGUUUUUGAUUUACAGGUAUUUUUCCAACACAGAAGGGUGGGAUUAACUGCUUUAAAAUUAGAGCCUUUCCACAUUACUUAGGAAUAUGUUUCUGUGGCACUGAGGUAACUUCUUCCAAGUUACACAAUAAAUUCCCUGUAGCAACUGCAGCAAUGUAUGGGAAAAGGUCGAAGUCCUGAGGCUGUGUUGUGUUUCCAUAGAGUUGAAAUUCCAUGCAGCAGCCUCCCCUGAUGGUGUCACAGCAGUGCAGAGAGCUGACAGAGCAGCAGGGGAUGCUGCUGGGUGGCUCCUCGGGGUGGCACUCGGGGUGUGCUCAGUGUCACUGGUGACCUGGGCAAGGGGCUAAAGUGACCUGCACUGAGCAGCACUGCAGGGGUGACUUGCACCCCAAAGGUGCAAAUUUACCAGUUGUGCCCAUGGGAUGAAAUAACUGCACUGGACUUCGUGAGCUCUAGAAAUAUGUUUUAUUCAUACAGGAGUAAAUAAAGUGACAUUUCUGUCACGGCUAGAUGUACAAAUUAGGAUAUAUCUACAUUAAACUAGAGCUGUGUUUUAAACAUAAGGGGCAUUUACUCAGUUUGGAUCCUGAGUCAUGCAUAUUUCAAAGAGGAGGAAUAAAUAUAUGUUUUAGUACAGCAUUCAAUUCGUAAAGGGAGUUCUGCCCAAAGAUGAGUGACCUUAUCUGUAGUUGCAUGAAAAAAAUCAGAACAGAGCCUCAUUUUGUGGGGGUUUUUCUUCCACUUUGAGAGAACAAUUUAUUACAUAAGCAUCCUUAGUGUAAUGAUCCCUAUUAAAAAAAUAAUUGUCUCCUUUCUUUGCAUUGUUUAUAAAAUAAGAUGUACUUCAUCCUGUAGUAGAAUAAUCACAAAAUAAUUGAGUGCAAAAUGCUAGAAAAAUCAAUAUCAGUUCCUAUUUGCUAUUUAUUUAAUAAUUUCAGAGCAUUACUUUCUACUAAUUCUGUACCAAUAGUACCAAAUUCUGCAAGGUACUUCACCAUGUUGGGUGUGGGCUGAGGCUUGGACAGACCCCGUGGGGCCUGUCCAAAGGCAGAUUGUGGGUUAAGUCCUGCUCUUCACUGGACAAAUUGGAUUAGGCCCCUUUUAAGAGAUGUUUAAGCAAACUGGAACAAAGCUUUCAGGAAAGUGUGUUAUUUUUUCAAUAGCAAACCAUGUCAUGCAAAUUCAAAAGAAAUAACUCAGGGGUUGAUGUGGCAUGGGCUGAUGUGACAAAGUGUAAUACUGCAAUCUAGAGUCGAACCAUACUUGGAUGGGAGAAAAGUUGGGUCUUAGCAUUUAUUCCUGGGAAUCCAAGCCUGUAACCAGGUUGGUGGGGCUCUGGGCUGUGCUCAGUCUAAUGCCUCUGGGACGUGUGUUUGCCUUAGACUUGCUGGGUGUGAAGGUCUUCACUUAUUCCUAGCUAAUGCACCCCAAAACAGUAUCUGAAGUGCUCAGAAGUUCCAAGCAAAUGCAUCUUCACUAAAGCCACACUCUCAGUCACUCCUGAGAGUCCUUUAAACCAGCAGUUGCUCCGUGGGGCCCUGCCUUUUUGGCUUUGUAUUUAGCAGCUCCCUCCUGCCAUUCAGCAGCACAAGUGUGGGUGCAGCUUCAGUCUAGGGGCUCUCUUGAGAGAGCUGUGGCCAGUCCUUGCCCACACAGGUUGUUCCACGGUGUGUUUGGUCAAUUUGGCUCACUGGCUUUCCUGCAGUACUGGUGGCUUUAUGGCUGCCAGCCACUGCUUUGGCCCAGUGUGCUCAUUCACAUAUAGCAACUUCACCAAAGUCACUGCAGUUGACAGGAACUGAGUGAAUGUAAUUUGUUUAUGUUGGUUUUUAUCUUAUUCUGUCCUUUUCUAAUGGAUUUCACCUUUGAAGGCAGCAGCUCAAAAGUGACAGUAUACAGACACACUGCUCUAAUUGACUUUUAGAGCACGCCACUCCUUUAAAGGGCAGUUUGCAUCUCUGAAGCCAAUGCCACAGCAGAAAGAGCUGCCACGGCACGGUGGGACGCCUGGACCCCUCUGUGGAGAGACUUAGGGAGUGGAAGAGCCUAUUCCCUUCCCUGCCCGGGCCCCGGCUGGAGCGGGGUGCAGCUGGACCGGCAGGGCCGGGCCCGUCCCUCAGGGGCUCGGCCCGGUCCCUCAGGGGCUCGGCGGCCCCAGGGCCCGGCCCGGUCCCUCAGGGGCUGUCCCGGGGCCGCUGCCUCUCUGCCCCCGCCGCUCCGCAAAGCCCUGGCUUUUGUUUACCCUCCCCUGGUGUUUCCCUCGCUGUGCUGAUGUAACCGUUUCAUAAUAACCUAGUCCUCAAAAUUAAUUUCUCAUUUUUUGCCGUGUGGGAGCAGCGGAGCCAGAGGAGGAAGAUCGGAUCCCUUUGCUCGGACCAGCCGCCUGUCAUUCCUGUCACUCUUUAAUAACGGGAGUCUCAGGAGUGGGUGCACACACUUUUGUAUUGACUGAGCAGAAAAACCAGCAGUUUUCCAGACAGAACUCUCAUACUUUUCCUAGACUUUUGCAUUUGUUUUUAUUAACAGUGUGGGGCUGUAACCAUAGCACUGCAAUAAAGAUUUUUUAUUUUAGGGAGUGACCUAAACAGCAACACUCUUUAUGCAAUUUUCCAAAGAAAUGUAAAAUAACAACAAGGAUUUCAGUGUUAAGUGGCACUUGGGGCUUUCUUUCAGAUCUGAGGAACAGCUCCGUCAGACAGGAACAAUCUGCUAAAGCCAAUGGAAUUAGUUUGGUCUAAAUAAGAUUAUAAUUGGGUCUUUCUGUUUCUGCAUUGCUCAAAAAUAAAUCCCAGUAAACAACUUGAGGUCAAGUCUCCUCUUAGCUAUGCCAGAACUGUGUUGAAAUUGGGGGAAAUUGCUCCAAAUUCACACUGCCUGAUAGCCUACAGCAUAAAAAUGGUUAAAUAUAUAUCUGUGUUUCCUAGGUAGCCCUUUCAGAACUUGACUUGUAAUUAACAGUUGUAGUGUCUUACUAGAAAUACUGUUUUGUUGGCUUCUUUGACUUCCUCAAGUUUACAUACAGCAACAGCCUCCUUUGCAACUUCACCAAAGUCACUGGCAUGGACAGGAACUGAGUGAAUGUCAUUUGUUUUUCUGUCACUGCAGACAUUCCUUCCCCUGAACUGUCCCAAGGUGGGAGAUUUCACAGCCUGACCAAGUUGAGAUUUUGGUUCUGUGUGCUGUGGAACUGUAAUGCAGAGAUGCUGCUCUGGUCCAAGUUUGGAUCUCAACUCUCUCAAAGCAUGGAGAUAUUUGGAAGAUUGUUUUUGUUUUUAAACCUGUACAAUUUUCUUGUUCUUAUAAACAGUGUUAAUUUUGGAGUCACUCUAUUAAUAUUCAGCCUAAUAGCAGAAUAGCUGCUACUAUCAACACAUAAUCAUAAAUAUUUCUACUAAUAGCCCAAGCCUGACAUUCUGACUCUAAUUAAUCUGAUUAGCUUAAUAAUAAAUUACAUUAAUGCUUUGGACAUAUUUUUUAACUGGUGAGGCUGCUAAUCAGUUUUGCUAAAGUGGCAUUCUCUGAGCUAGAGAUUUACCUUGCUUGAAGGCAGUAUUAAUCCCUGGCUACAAAGAUGACUGUCUUUGUGUUUCUGGAAUCAUCAAACUAACAUUUUUUUGCCUUUAUUCUUUGUAGUGCAGUGAUGUGCAUUGAAAGAAAUCAAUUUAUGGGAAACAGUCUGUCUACAGCAUGAAAAAUAGUUUUGGGGUAGGUCUGAAUUUAUUUUUGCUUUCUGAAGUCUUUGAUGAGUUAACAGCUGUGUCCUGAAAGCACAGAAAUGAGAGUUAAACUGAAUGACCUGUGACCAUUUAUCAUCACAGAAGCAGUGAAGUGCCUGUGUCUAAUGCUGGCCUAUGUUUGGAGGCAAAUUUUCUCUAGCUAGGAAAAUAGGAAGGGCUGAAAAUAGGCAGCAGGUUUCCGUUCUGGUUUCCCAGAAGAGUGUGUGUGUUUUGGCUCCAAAGGAGGCAGGGAGUAGACAUAGAGCUUUUACCUGUUUUCUACAGGACAUUACUUCACACUUGCCUGAUACCUAUUUCAUGGAAUAUAUUCUGCAAAUUUGCCUUCUAGCACU